AUGGAAAACCUACUGAAGCUGUGUCUUUUUCUUCUCUGCUGUGAAACAGGCUUUGCUCUACAGUGUGUGAAGUGUCCAUCUUACAAGAAAGGGAACUGUGUCCAAAAGAGUGAGAUAUGCAAUACACAACAUGGUGAAAUGUGUAUGAUCCGCAGAACCUGGUAUGCAACUGAAAUUCAUAAUCUUCAAGAUGCUGAGACUAAGUGCAUGAAUUCUUGUAAAUCUGAAGAAAAAACUUCUGGAUAUCUAACAAUACAUACAUACUGCUGUAAUAAUGAAGAUUUCUGCAAUGCCAUUGAUUUACCAAUCAUAAUGACUUAG